GAGCUGCUGGUGUUCGAGGGGAGCGAGCCUCCCCCCAUCACAGCCGAGGGUUACGUGAGGAGGAUCGCUGACUACGGCGGCUGCAGCCCGUGCUGCUUCAUAGUCGCAGUGAUCUACCUGCAGAGGAUGAAGCAAGCUCUGCCUGGGUUGCUGCUGACGCGGCUGAACUUUCAGCGGCUCUUCCUCCUCCCCGUGAUGCUGGCUUCCAAGUUCCUCGACGACAAGUACUACUCGAACCAGCAGUGGGCGGACGUCGGGGGGAUGAGCCUGCCAGAGCUCAACGUGCUUGAGGGGAGGACGCUGCGCAUGCUCGGGUUCCGC